AACUAUCUUUGGUUACAUCCUCUGCAAGAGUAGACGUGCUGUGUGACGUGUAGAAGGGGCGGAAGGGAUGUUUGUGUUUUGGUUCUAAAUGGGAAGUUGCAAGAAGAAAGAAAAAGGAGGAGACGUGAUCUGGGUUGUUGAAAUUAAUUCUGAAGCCCUAAAAGUGCAGUCAGACGUGCAGGACAGACACUGACCGGGGGAUCUGACCAGGCCAUGGCCAACAGGGGAGGAGCUACGAGACCCAACGGGUCUAACGCUGGGAACAAGAUCUGCCAGUUCAAGUUAGUGCUGCUGGGGGAGUCGGCGGUGGGCAAGUCCAGCCUGGUGCUCCGCUUUGUCAAGGGCCAGUUCCACGAGUUCCAGGAGAGCACCAUAGGAGCGGCCUUCCUGACACAGACGGUGUGUCUAGACGACACGACGGUGAAGUUUGAGAUCUGGGAUACGGCGGGACAGGAGCGCUACCACAGCCUGGCGCCCAUGUACUACAGAGGMGCGCAGGCCGCCAUCGUGGUCUACGACAUCACAAACGAGGAGUCAUUUGCGCGGGCCAAGAACUGGGUGAAGGAGCUGCAGAGACAAGCCAGCCCCAACAUUGUCAUCGCUCUGUCAGGCAACAAGGCUGACCUCGCCAGCAAGAGAGCCGUCGACUUCCAGGAUGCCCGGUCUUAUGCAGACGACAACAGCUUGCUCUUCAUGGAGACGUCGGCCAAGACAUCUAUGAAUGUGAACGAGAUAUUCAUGGCUAUUGCGAAAAGAUUGCCCAAGAGCGAGCCUGCAGCCGCUGGAGCWAACAGCGGGCGGAACAGGGGUGUCGACCUAACUGAAGCCGCCCAGCCAACCAAGGCCCCCUGCUGCAGUAACUAAUGCCAUGCCCACCUACUGCAGUGACUAAUAUGACCGAUGCCCGACUUCCGCUGCAGUAAACUAAUGCGAUGCCCCCCCCACAAAAAAACUCUGAUCCUCAGCAAUGAAAAAAGUUGAUAUCUGAACCCUUCUUCUUCUCUCUGCAGUAACUAAUGCAAAGCAACGCCCUCGUCUAUUGUUCUCUCAACUACGCCCCACCCCUCCCCCACUGAUUCUGCUCUUACUAAUUGAGACUCCUCCCACCUUCCUCUUUUUUCCCCCUUAAAUUAGUGCUGCCUUCCCUACCCCAUUCCUCCAGACUAUUGGCUAGCAGCAGGACUAAAGGGCGGGGCUCCUGUGAUUUGGUCUCUCCUCUCCUGGGAAAGAUGGACUGUUUCUAAUACGCAAUCUCUCUUCAUGUCCUUUUUUGUUUUUGUUAGAUUUUUGUUUUGUUUUUCACAGUUAUUCAUCGGAAUUAUGGAUGCAUGUAUCACUACAAGGCCUAUCAUGAUGAUGAAAAAAUAUAUAUAUUUUAACUUUAUUCAGCGGCACACAAAACAUCUUAGAGUGAAAAGAGGAGUGUCUCCAAAACCGCUGACAGAAAAAAACAGAGGGAGAGAUGAGAGGCUCCAAAGGUUUGUCAGGGCUAAAUCAUAAGGAAGCUAAGUCUUGUUUCUUUCUCUGUUGGUCCCUCUGUUUGUCUGGCCUCCUCUUUCUCUUGUGUAACAUAUUCAUAUGCUUUCUCAACUAAACCUUUUAGUAGCACUAGUGUAGAGUUGUUCCCUUCUCUCUUGGCCCCAUCCCAGGGCCUUGCCUGCUUCUAGUGUUCAGUCCCAAAUCAAACCUUAAUAACUAACUCCUGAACCAGGGGUGUCUAACUCAUUUUUCCCCGGUGGCCGCAUUUAGUCUUCAACAAGGUCCAAAACGGACYCACUGAAAAUUGGUUUUAUUUCCUUGCCGCCAUCGUUUUUGGAAUUUUUGAUGCUCUCUCAUUGUCUAGUGGUUAUUAUCCAGCUGGACAGUCAAGAAACUGUAUGCAUGUAGGUCCAUUAUCAUUUCUAUAUAGUUUCAAAAAUAUAUGUAUUUUGGUUUUAUUUUCACUCAAACCACCUGCAGGCUGGAUUGGACCCCCUCCUGGCCACGGGACAUAUGUUUAACACCCCUGCCCUAAACCCUUAUGUACUUCAUGUAGGUCUGAGAGGAUUUGAGGUUGUAAACAAUGGGGGGAACAUUCCACCUAGCCUAUCAGAGGGUGUAUUAGGAGCAUUAUCACCGUAAUGCUCCUAAUAGACCUAUUCAGUCCUUUCAGAUCUACACAAUUAUUGAAGGGGCUAGGGGUGGGUUUGGGAUUGGGAUUGGGCGUAGCUGUUCUAGUGGCAUCGUGCAAUGGUUCACAGUAAUUGCUCUGUGACUUCUUCAGUUACCACCACAGUAUGGCAUCGGGGCCUCUGAGGCUUGUUCACUAGUAACCCCACCCCCCAAUUCCAAGCCUCCAGACCCCUCCCCAUCCUGUCCUGAUGGUGUCUGUCCGAAGGAGGGGAUGAUCCUGAUCUAUAUGGGUCCUGAUCUAUAUAUGUCCGUUAUGUCUCAACAUGUAAUGGAUGAGAUUAGGUCAUGGUUGAGGCCUAUUGCCUGUCCAGGUAUAAACAAGGUGCUGGUUGGAAGGCAGCUGUUUUCCACCUGGAGAGACAGGGGAGCAUGGUGAGGUGACCUCUGUAGGUGUCAUUAGGAAUCUGCUGACACCAGAGCCCUGGUCAAAAGUAGUGCACUACAUAGGGAAUAGGGUGCCAUUUGGGACGUCAAUCUCUUUGUCAUGGACACUGAGAUCGGUCACUUCAUCCCUUGUUCUAUAGGAAGUGCUUUAGACACUGUUUGUCAGUGUGUACACAGGGGGACUGGGCUGUCUGGUGAUACAAAUAUCCUCAAAGACAACAAACACACAUGACACACACACACCGUGUAUACACACAGGUUUAUUUCUCUCGCAACUCUGCUAGAUCUAAUUACCGUAAUAUAACACACACACCUAACCACAAGCUAAAACAUACACUUUUUUGUGCUAUUUUUAAACUCUGGACCUGUUACACACACAGUUAAAAACACCCCCCCACCCCUCUCUCCAGGUCUGUCUUCCUCAUGCCUUGCACUAAUGACGCUCAUGAAUAUAUCUUGUCAUAAUUACAGCCAGUGUGAUAUAAAUAUAUUUAUAAAUAAUAUGCUGUAAAUAGGGUAAUUGACAGGACUAAUGCUUGCUAGUGAGUUGUCUAGAUAAUCAUUAAAUAACAAAAUACUGUACAGUUAGCAAAAAAACACUUUGUAUGGGUUUGGAGUUUUGUUUUUUCACACAAAUCUAUUCUAAUCGAUGGUGGUCUUUAUAAAUGUGUGUAGUGUUAACAAAAUGUACUUGCAUUUCUUUAGUGGUCUGACUUAUGUUUUUUUCAAGAAAAACUGGAUUGUUUUGGUUUUCUAUUUUUUWAUAUUCUCUCUCGCAUUUCAUUAAUCAUUUUGUUAGCUAUCUAAAGCUAAGAAUCCCUGUCCAAUACUCCUUGUCCCACUAGAACUGAACUCACACACCAUACACUGUCUGGGUGUAGAAUCCCGGUCGCGGGAACAGAUCGGAUUGACAAAACUAACCGUCUGCCUGUCUUAUAAGUCUCAGUAAGAAUGUAACAACYUUGUAGGAACAAUGUAACAACAGUAGUAGUAGAAUAAAAAAGAAAGACUGUUCCGUUUUACUGUUGGUACUAGCUGGUGGAUCAUGAUGAUGAAUAAAUGGAUUAACUCAUAGGGAUGUACAUUGUUUGUUGUUGCUGUGGACAGUUAAUUGCAGAUGGUAAAAAAAUAACAAAUGCAAGCAUUUUACAGUACUGUUAAAUAAUGACCAAAUAAAUACAGAAAUAAAAUGUAGAAUUUAUAUGGGAUGAAGGUU